AUGGGAGCUCAACCUAGACUCGCUGUGUUGGAGAAGUGUGACCUCUCACCUCUGGUUUCGGCUGGAUUCCAGUCCUUGGGCUUGGUAUUGUGUUUCGCAGCCCUGGUGCUUGGGUCUCUUGCCCUUGCAUCCGAUAUCCCCGAGCUCCCAUUGCAGGAUGAUUUCUGCAUACCAAAAACCCAUAACUGGACUGAAGAGGAGCUAGGAACAGUGCUAGAUAACCCCACUGUAACGAUCGAGCUGCCUAUCCUACCGGGUGGAAAUAUUGAUUUUAAGGCCUUCCAACUACUCUAUAUAAGCCAGGGCCUUGACAAAAAGAAGGCUAUAUCUACUGCUUUCGAUGCCGGAUCUGCUGUUCUGGUUAUCCUGGACUACAAAGGGUCGAAUAUCGCGUUCACUGUGGGCUCCCAGAGUAUAUAUCAGAUACUAGACUUGAUCCGCGCUGCCGCGGAAGCCAUCUUAUUUAACUACUCUGGCAGUGGGUACGCGUUGGAAUGGGCUGCUGACCUUUUGCACUGCAGUGAACCUGAGAUCCAGCCCCCGCUAAUUCACACUUGGGCAAAUAUCAACAAGUGGUUCCAGAACAGCAAUAAAUUCUUGAUUGAUUUCAAGCCUGAACUCAGGGAGAUUAGUGUUAUAGAAAACUAUAUUGAGAAGGAUAAAUUACCCAAGUUUCUGCUGUAUAUCUAUCAGGGCAGUUUGGACUUUAUUAUAGCCCCCUAUAAUAAUACUAAUAUAUUAAAGAAAAAAUUCUGCGACGCAGGAACAGAUAUAUUCUUUAUUAAAUGGAAGAGACUUGGCCAUAGUAGCACCCUUUUCGCUGGCACCACUUGGACUGUAAAGUGGAUCAAAAAGGUCUUUAAUCGCGAGAUGAUCCAGAAUAACUGUGGUAAAGAAGACUACAAAGUGGAUCUCCAUGCUGGGGAUCUAGCUGGGAUAUUUGGAGACUUUCAUACUGACAGUGUGAGAUCCACCGGCAGACAGCCGGGUUGGGGUGAUGAAGAGGACCUGCUCUCUAUAUAUAAACUGUGA